AUGGCUCACCUUUCAAAGGUCGUCGAAGAGUUGAUUGAAACCGAGAAGAGCUUCAGUACUGAAUUAUAUGCAAUAGUUUUGGUAAGACUUUCAUUGAACAUUGUUAACAUGCUUCUAGGGAUUUAAUAAGUUCUUCUUGUCAGACAGACGUCAAUAUAGUGACAUUUGCGCCUUGUUGAAGGUGUUAAGUCAAGUUAGACAGUUUAACAAGAAUUUGCUCAAGGAGUUUGUCGCUGCUCGCAAGAAUUGUGGACUUGUAAGUUUAAUUUUUUGAUUUUAUGACGAUUAUUUUAUAUUAUGUGUGUUUAAUUUUACAUUUAUGUUAUGUUAUCUUUAGUUUUGAGCUUUUUUUCAGAUCGGGGAGGUGUUCACGAGGAAUAAAGUUGGAUUCAAAGUCUAUUUUACGUAUUGUGAGCUGUAUCCGAUGUGAGUUUUGAGUUUUAUAUGGAUUUCCUUAGUUUUUAACUAUUAGUUAACAAUAGAAGGUGAAAAUUUGUGAAUUAACCCUACAUUAUAUUACUUUACAUUUCAGGGUGGUCGAGAGAUUGGGCCUUCUAAAACGAAACGAAGAAUUUAGCUACAAAAUCUACCAGAUGCAGGAGAGUAUUGGGGUGGUAUUGCCAUUGGAAAGCUAUCUUCUGAAGCCGUUUCAGCGAAUAUUAAAGUACCCGCUGCUACUUCGGGUAUGUUAAUAUUAAUCGUGUCUACUAUGAUAUAAUUGUAUGUUGUAGUCGUGUCUACCAUAAUACAAUUUUUUAAUUUGAUUAUGAGCUACUAUAAUAUAACUUUACUUUUAAUUAUGCUAUUAUUUUGAUGUUUUAAACGAUUUUUUUGUAGAAGAUGAUGGACUAUUUCUUCGAAUCGCCACAAGAAAGGUGGGGACAAUACGAUAGCAUUAAAAAUGCACAUCAAUUGAUGGUCGACAUCUCGUGUCAGCUCAACGAACACAAACGACAGUUGGAGGAGGUAAAUAAGCAAGGUUUACGUGUAUUAAGCUUUGUAUAUUAUCUCGGAAGGCUUAAAUUUAAUUAUGAAAAGUGCUUUGAACAGUUUAACUGUCCUUUUGUCUUAUAUAUGUAACUUAUUACAUUUCAGAAAAGCUCCCAGCUACGGACACUACCGAGUCGGAUGGAUAUUCAGCGUCGUCUGAUCGGUUGCUUCAGAAUGUCAUCGUUUGUCAGACGUCGCACACAAUCAGCCGAAUCCGUGCGCAAUCUUACUGCUUAUGACAUCAGUUAA